ACUUUUGAAUCUGUAUACCCAAAUUCUUAUAUAUAUGAUAAUGCCUUCGUCGCAAAAGUUUUAUUUUUGAAUAUUUUUGAGGAUUAGAUAUCACAGCUAUUAUCAUUGUUAGGUUACACUGAUAAAAGAUAGUUAUAUUAACUAGUACAAUUUAUUUUUGACUAGAAAAAUAAGGGAAAAUUCAUCGAAAAGCAAGAGACUAAUUGAUUCUUUUUAAAAAACGGAGAUUCGUAUUUUCAGAUCAGUUAAAAUUACAAAGUAACCAUCGAGUAGUUGUUUCAGGUUCGAGUAAUGUGAAACAUCCAAUCACUUGUGACCAAAACAUGUGAUGAAUUUUUGAUUGCAUAUACUUUGUUUCAUAAUAGACAGUUCAGGAUUUAAUUUUACCCGGUGGUUAUACAAUAAAUUUUGACAAUGAGCACGUUUUUUCGGUUGUUUAUCCUCUUUCUGUUUUAUUAUUUUCUGAGGACACAUGCAUCAAAUUCACAGAAUGACAGACCCAUUAUUGGAGUUGUAACAGAAGAAAUAAAUUCCACCAUCGUGCCAAGUGCUAAAAGUUAUUUACUUGCUUCAUAUGUCAAAUUCCUUGAAGCAGCUGGUGCAAGAGUUGUUCCUAUAUGGGUCCUUAAACCAAGAAGCUAUUAUGAAGAUAUAAUGAGCAAAAUCAAUGGGGUACUUUUCCCUGGUGGUGGCAAUAUUUUAAACAGCAAAGGGUAUGGAAGAACUGGGCAAGUAAUAUUUGAGAUUGCUACUAAGAUGAAUGAUAAAGGAGAUUUUUUUCCUCUUUGGGGCACAUGUCUUGGCUUUGAAUUAUUAAAUUAUGUAGCUGCUGAAAAGUUAUGGAUGAAAGCUUGUGCUGCUGAGGACUUGGCUACAAAUAUAGAAUUUGCUCAAGGUUUCAAAAAUAGUAGGAUGUUUCAGGAUCUUGAAAAACCUUUAGAAUAUAAAAUGAAAAACCAGAGUGUAGUUAUUCAUUAUCACCAGUGGUGUUUAACUCCUCAGAAUUACUCAUUAUCUGGACUAGACAAAUUUUUUAAAGUUCUGGCUUUGAAUCGAGAUGCAAGAAAUAUGACUUUUGUAUCAGUUGUUGAAGCUUAUAAAUAUCCUUUCUAUGGGGUUUCUUUCCACCCAGAAAAAGUUCUCUUUGAAUGGAUAUUGUCCAAAACUCACCAGCACAUUCCUCAUAAUUUAGAUGCCAUUCGUGUUUCUCAGUAUUUUGCUAACUUCUUUGUUAAUGAAGCAAGAAAAAGUUCUCAUCAGUUUCCAAACAAAAAGGAAGAAGAUAUUGCUCUCAUAUACAAUUACAAUCCUGUAUUUACAGGACAAUAUGGAACCAAUCCUAAUACACAAACUUACUACUUUAUGCAGUAAUGAUUCUUUUAUUAUCACAUUAUUUGCUUGUAUUUAGAUGGCAAUAUACAUUUUGUUUGAUUUUAUCUCAUUUUAAAUUGUUUAAUCUGUUAACAGAUUUUUUAAAAAGUUUUUAUAAAUGUUAUUGUUAAUAUUAUUUUAACUAAAAAUGAGUAUUUUAAACCAAAAUUCAGAAACUUUUUUGUAAAAUAAAUGAAUAAUAAAUAAAAUAUCUCUAAAAAUAUUUAAUUUGCCAUUUUAUUAUAUUUAUAAAUGUUAUAUAUUUUUAAUGAAUGUAUAUGUCGAUACAGUGUAGUUUUCAAAAGCUGUAUGAUUUUAAUUUUCAUAUUGAAUGAAAGAUGUAUUUUUAAUUUUUUUCUCCCUACCCAAUUGAAUUUUUUUUUACAUAUUUUGAAAUAUGCUCUAUUUUUCAUGCUUUUUUUUUUUCGUCCAUAGUGAUAAUUUUUUUAAAAUAUAGUGUGUAUUUCUAAUAAAAAGGAUCUUUAUAUCUAAGAUUGCAGUAUUUUAUAAAAUAUAUUUACUUCGACAUCAAUUAUUUUUAUACAUAUUUUUUUAUGAAUUGAUGGUAUAUAUAUAUAAUGUGCAUACACAUAAAAAAGAAUUAAAAGGGGUUGCAAGAUUUCCUUUAUGCUAGACUACAUACUUGCAAGUAAUUAAACUUCACAUCUAUGCAUUGUAUCAUUUUCUUGUAAAAUAUCUGAAAUGAUAUUAAGAGGGGAAAAUCAGCUAUAGAAAUGCAGUGCAUGCUCUCUAAAGUGGAAGAAUAGCUACUUAAAUUUUGUUUUAUCAUCAACACUUAGGUUUAUUUUUAAAAAUUUGACAACUAUUUUUAAUAUGUUUUUUAUGCUUUUUAAUUCAGUUGUGAUGUGUCUGUUGUUAAUUUUAUAAUUAUUUUAUAAAGUUUUGUAAUGUGACGUUAUUGUAGUGAUUUUAUUAUUGUUGUUGCUUUUCAUUUUUGAAUUUACUACUUAAAUAAACUCGCUUUUAUGCAAUA